GUGUUCGUCUGGACAGGGUGCGCGGAGGACGACAGAAGUACAAACGUCGGAUAGAUGCAGAGAACAGCCCUUACCUCAACCCUCAGCUGGCCCUGCCUCCUAAAAAGCCAUUUCCCUUUGGCUGCCUUGCAGAUAACAAGAUUGUGUCCCACCUGCUGGUGGCUGAGCCGGAGAAGAUCUAUGCCAUGCCCGACCCCACGGUGCCCGACAGUGAUAUCAAGGCCCUCACCACGCUGUGUGACCUCGCCGACCGGGAGCUGGUGGUCAACAUAGGCUGGGCCAAGCACAUCCCAGGUUUCUCCACCCUGUCGCUGGCAGACCAGAUGAGUCUACUUCAGAGUGCUUGGAUGGAGAUACUGAUCCUGCGCGUGGUGUACCGCUCACUGUCCUUCGAAGACAAGUUGGUGUACGCCGAGGAUUACAUCAUGGACGAGGACCAGUCCAAGCUGGCGGGUCUGUUGGACCUGAACAACGCCAUCCUGCAGCUGGUCAAGAAGUACAAAGCCAUGAAGCUGGAGAAGGAGGAGUUUGUCACCCUCAAGGCCAUCGCCCUGGCUAACUCAGACUCCAUGCACAUAGAGGACGUGGAGGCGGUGCAGAAGCUCCAGGAUGUCCUCCACGAGGCCCUGCAGGACUAUGAGGCUGCCCAGCACGCAGAGGACCCCCGGCGGGCAGGCAAGCUGCUGAUGACCCUGCCCCUGCUGCGCCAGACCUCCACCAAGGCCGUGCAGCACUUCUACAGCAUCAAGCAGGACGGCAAGGUCCCCAUGCACAAACUGUUCCUGGAGCUGCUGGAGGCAAAGGUCUGAUGCCCCCCUCCCCCCCUCACCCCCACCGAGUCCCCCAUGACAGACCGAAACGUCCACCUUUACGCCCCCCCCGACCCCCUUCUACGACUCCUCCCUCCACCCCCCCACGCCUCCGCCCACGAAGAAGAGUGCGAGCCAUAACCCCCUGUAACAUCCCCUUGAUUGUGCCCACCUGCCCACGGUCCUGGCCCCUACCACCACACUCCAAGAGAGAUUGAUGGGGCUUCACCUUUGAACUUUGACCCCCUGACCCCUGUCAGUGAGGGUCUGACACUGACAGGAACCCUCUGCUAGUGGUGCGUGGGGGGGUUCUGUUGUGUAAAAACUAUAAACCAGUUAUAGACAUGACAACCUUACCAGUGACAGUGAGGACAGUGAAAACCACAGACUAUGACCACCAGGGUCACAUAUACAUAAUAAGAAAUAAUAAGAUGUGAUUCAUGACGAUGACUGGUGGCGUUUAAACGAGGAAAGAGAAAAUCAAGCUACAACCAAGACUGGUUUCAUGGUUUUAGUAACAAGAGACUUCUUGGAGAAAAAAAACUUUGUUCUUCUCUGUCCCAACCCCUAACCCAUCCUAAAAACUGUUUAUACGGACAGUCAUGGAUGAUAAUGGACAAUAAAAUGCGUGUAAAAAAAAAAAAGAAUACGAGAGAAUUAGCUGAAGAACAAAACGUUUUUGGUUGAUAAUGUUCUCGAACGAU